GUUUCUCGAAACAGUGACGUGUUCGUGACGUUGUUUGCUGUUUGCACAUUUUUUCGCAAAUUGUUUAUUCAUACUUGUGGUGCUCUUUCAGUUAAUCGCGAGGUACUAUUGGUCUAAUAUAACUGACUCAAUUUACAUUUAUUAUUGAGUAAAUACUUUAAGACCGUGAACAUUAAUUAAAAAGAUGACUUUCGUAUCGGCUAUGCCCAGUCGGGAAUUCCUAUGGGAUGUUUUUCAAAGAGUGGAUAAAGACAGAUCUGGUGCAAUCACUGCAGAUGAAUUACAACAGGCACUUUCAAAUGGCACUUGGACACCCUUUAAUCCAGAAACCAUUCGCUUAAUGAUUGGUAUGUUUGACAUUGACAAAAAUGAUCCUGCUUCUCCAGGUAUGUUCGACAAGCAACAAAAGGGAACAGUCAGUUUUGAAGAAUUUGGGGCUCUGUGGAAGUAUGUAACAGAUUGGCAAAACUGUUUUCGGUCAUUUGAUCGAGAUAACAGUGGAAAUAUUGAUCGAAAUGAAUUGAAAACAGCACUUAUAAAUUUUGGAUACAGACUGUCAGAUCACAUUAUAGAUACACUUAUACGUAAAUAUGAUCGGGCUGGUCACGGAACCAUAUACUUUGAUGAUUUCAUUCAGUGUUGCAUUGUCCUAUAUACCUUAACUGCUGCCUUCAGACAAUUGGAUACAGAUCUGGAUGGUGUAAUUACAAUUCAUUAUGAACAGUUCCUGGGAAUGGUAUUCAAUCUUAAAAUAUAA